CGGGGACGCUGGCCCAGGCUUGAUCCGAAGGCCAUGAUAAAUACUUUGAAAACCACAAGUAUAGGGCGCCAUCGAGCGAUUAAUACCGUAGCUUUACAUAGAUCUCACACCCAUCGUGCCUCCUUCCUUCGCUAUGGCCUCCAACGAGUUCCGCGUCAUCAUUGUUGGCGCAGGCCCCGUAGGAUUGUACGUGGCGCACAGCUUAUCAGCGGCGAACAUUCCAUUUGUUGUUCUCGAACAGCAGCCAUCCGUGGUUAACUACUUCGGGGCCAUGGUCUUCACAUGGCCGCACACCGUUCGGCUACUAGACCAGAUUGGCCUGUAUGAGGCGGCCAAGGGGGUGUCCGUCCCCAUCCACGCGAAGAAGCGCGUCUUUGGUGGCGACGGCAGCGUCUUGACGACGAGCAACUUCUGGGAACACAUGCAUCAAAACCACGGGUAUCCGUUUCUGCCUAUCUUAAGGAGUGACGUUGUCAAGAUCCUGUACGAAAGCUUACCCAAUAAAGACGCCUGCGUCAAGACAAACGCCGAGGUCGUCGAUAUCGGACUUUACGCGGACGAAGUCCACGUCCAUCUCAAGGAUGGCAGCGUGCACAAGGGCUCGAUCGUUAUUGGCGCGGACGGUGUGCACAGCAAGACGAGGACAAUAAUGCAGAGGCUAGCUCGGGACUCGGAGGCGGCCGCGGCCGGGGAGAGCCCGAUGGUUUCGACGUUCUACGGCAUCGUCGCGCGGGCGCCUAACGACUUCGGCCUCGAGGAGGGCGUCUUCUUCGAGUCGCGGGGCGGCGACGCGGCGAUUCAGUGCACGGUGACGGGCGGCAUGCUGAACUACGCGACGCUCAAGCGGCUGCCUGAGACGGUGCGGGGCCGACGGAAGUACGCGGCGGCGGAGAUGGAGGAGUACGCCAAGUCUCUGUCCGACGUCUGGGUAGGUCCCGGGGUCAAGUUCUCCGACGUGUGGGCCAGGACCGACAAGGCGCUGGCGAGGAUGCUCAACCAGGAGGAGGGCUUCGUAGACCGGUGGAGCUACGACCGCAUCGUGCUCCUCGGCGACGCCGUCCACAAGAUGACCAGCAUCAACGGGCUCGGCCUCACCUGCGGCCUGCACUCGGCCGCCGCGCUCGCCAACGAGCUGCAGGGCCUGGUCGCCGCGCACGGCGCGAACCCCAGCGUCGGCCGGCUCGCCGAAGCGUUCGCCCGGUACCGGGAGUCGCGCCGAGGCGAGGCCCGGCAGAUAUUUACCCGGGGCUUCACCAUGAUCCGCGAGGUCACGCGGAAGUCGUGGGCGAACUGGUUCUGGGACAGCUACGUGCUGCCCUGGAUCGACACUGAGGCUAUCGGCAGGGGCCUCUUCGUCUCCCUCAUGGUCAUAAGAUCGGGCCAGGUGUUAGCGUACGUGCCCUUUGAAGGGAAGCACGGCGCAGUCCCCUGGCUCAGACGGGCGGGAGGCGAGCCGUGACGACCUCGGGAGUGUUACCACGUUCUCUUGCCAAAGGUCUAUUCCACAGCACCUAUGUAAAGGAUGACGUAGCGGAUCACGAGCUGAAGGAAUUCGAUAAUAUCAGAAAUUCCAU